AUGGCGCGGGAAGAGUCACUCCUGGUUCCGCGCCCGUCCUCCGACGGCUCGUCGAUUCGAAACGAAGAGGAGGAAUUCGCCUUACUGACCGGCGAGCGGACAGCUCACCGGGCCGAGAAACAACGGGGAUGGAAGUUUUGGCGAGAGAUUGGAUUAUUCGCUUGGGCGUUACUUGCUACAAUCCUGGUGAUCGUGCUGGCCGUGGUCUACCAGCACAAGCCAGUGGAAAUCCACGGCCCCAGUCAUGACUCGAAAAACAUCACCUGGGGCCCUGGAGGCAAGCCAACAGGCAAGCGAAAUGUGAUCUUCAUGGUUUCCGACGGUAUGGGACCCACGAGUCUCUCGCUCACUCGGAGCUUCCGACAAUACAAGGAGGAUCUGCCGAUCGACGACAUCUUGGUCCUGGAUCAGCAUUACAUUGGAACUUCCCGGACACGGUCCAGCUCUAGCUUGGUGACGGACUCCGCAGCUGGAGCCACCGCAUUCUCAUGCGGUCGCAAGAGUUACAAUUCCGCCAUCUCCGUGACUCCGGACCACGCGCCUUGUGGGACUGUGCUUGAAGCGGCCGCAUUGGCAGGUUACAAGACUGGGUUGGUUGUGACGACCCGCUUGACGGAUGCGACGCCAGCUUGCUUCGCCGCGCACGCUAACCUGCGGAGCUACGAGGAUUUGAUUGCUGCCCAAGAGGUUGGAGAACAUCCCCUUGGCCGCGUGGUGGACCUUAUGCUUGGUGGUGGCCGGUGCCAUUUCUUGCCCAAAUCGCAACAUGGAAGCUGCCGCGGCGAUGACCACGACCUCAUUGACGUGGCUGGCAAGAAUGGCUUUGGUUACAUUGAUGACCGCGCUGGAUUUGACAGCCUCAAGGGCGGCGACAAUGUUAGCCUGCCUCUGCUCGGUCUCUUCGCCAGCGGAGAUAUUCCGUACGAGAUUGACCGCCGAACCCAAAACGAUGUCUACCCUUCCUUGGAAGAGAUGACCCGCACUGCUCUCAAGGCCUUGAGCAAGGCCACAGAGGACAGCGAACAAGGAUUCUUCAUCAUGAUUGAGGGCUCUCGCAUCGACCACGCCGGCCAUGGUAACGACCCUGCCGCGCAGGUGCACGAAGUUUUGGCUUACGAUAAGGCAUUUGCUGCUGCACUGGAGUUCGUAGAGAAUGACUCUACUCCUGGCGUGAUUGUCAGCACAUCUGACCACGAGACUGGUGGUCUAGCUGCAGCACGCCAACUUCACAAGACCUACCCAGAGUAUCUGUGGCUUCCUAGUGUGUUGGACAAGGCAAGCCACUCUGGCGAAUAUCUCGCGGCUCGCUUGAGCGAGUAUCUUUCUGGGUCUGGCAAGGAUGGCAAGGAUUCGACCAAAAAGGACUGGGUCAGGAAGAACCUUGUCAAAGAUGGACUUGGCAUCACUGAUUCCACAGAUGCUGAGAUUGAGGCCCUGGUCCACCCAGAGCCAGGCGUUGGUCCCUCCUACGUGUUUGCUGAUAUGAUCAGUCGUCGUGCACAGGUUGGCUGGAGCACUCAUGGACAUUCUGGUGUUGACGUCAAUAUCUACGCCUCUUCUUCCAAGGACGCCUGGCCAUUGGUUGGUAACAACGAGAACACUGAUGUUGGCGCUUUCCUGGCCGACUAUCUCGAUCUCGAUGUCAACAAUGUCACAAAGCUGCUUCAGGAUACCAAGACUGGAGUCUUCCAGUCAUACGAUUGGAUGGGUGACCGUCUUGGUAUGAACUUCCACUCUGAGGGCCUGGACAUCUACCACGGAGACUUCAGGAAGCGAUCUGACGAUGAUUGUGGAUGUGGUGCAACCCACUGA